AUGAAAAAGAACAACAGUAAGUCGGCAUAUGUGAACGAGAAGAGAUCGAUAUCGGUUCCGGUUUACGUAAAACCUGAUACGUUGAAGGAGUGAACGUAUAUCAAGAAAUUCGAUUGAGCACUUCGAGAACUUGGUUAGUAGAGAGCUGGUAUGAAAUUCAAGGCGAUUUUCUAGAUUCAGCCCUUGCACAAUUAGGGAGAGCCAUUGCCGAUUUAAAGAAUAAUUCAGCCGGUGGGACUUGUCGGGGGUAUAUACAAUUCGUGGAGGCAGCCGGAUUAAAAUGGCAGUGUGCCGUCUCGGCUUGGACUAAUGAGACCAAUGAUGAAUGUUAUACUGAUGGAACAGCUAGCAUGUUCGCUAAUUCCUGUGACGAAGCCAUUGAAGAAGCCAAUAGACGCGAGAUGGCGGCCUACUGCUUAAUUGGUUGGAAUGGUGGUACAUUCCAUGCAGAUGCCAGAGUUUUUUUACCCCUAUGCAAAGAAUGCUAA